CUGUGCUUUUUGAAUGGCCCCGUAGUCUUCUGGGAUCUGUCUGCAGUCUCUGGUCAUCUCCUGUACUAUGUCUGUAGUCUCUGGUACUCUCCUGUACUAUGUCUACAGUCUCUGGUCAUCUCCUGUAGUACAUCCGCAGACUCUGGUCAUUUCCUGUACUAUGUCCGCAGUUUCUGGUCAUCUCCUGUACUAUGUCCACAGUCUCUUGUCAUCUCCUGUACUAUGUUCGCAGUCUCUGGUCAUCUCCUGUACUCUGUCCACAGUCUCUUGUCAUCUCCUGUACUAUGUUCGCAGACUCUGGUCAUUUUCUGUAGUAUGUCCACAGUCUCUGGUCAUCUCCUGUACUAUGUCUGCAGUUUCUGGUCAUCUCCUGUACUAUGUCCACAGUCUCUGGUCAUCUCCUGUACUAUGUCUGCAGUUUCUGGUCAUUUCCUGUACCAUGUCUGCAGUCUCUGGUCAUCUCCUGUAGUACAUUAGCAGUCUCUGGUCGUUUCCUGUACUAUGUCUGCAGUCUCUGGUCAUCUUCUGUACUAUGUCUGCAGUCUCUGGUCAUCUCCUGUAGAACAUCAGCAGUUUCUGUCUGGUCAUCUCCUGUAGUACAUCCGCAGUCUCUGGUUAUUUCCUGUACUAUGUCUGCAGUC